UCCUAUACUUACUUUCAAAACAAUAACUCUCUUAAAGAGAAAUGGAUCUCCUGAGUUUAGAAAUCUCUGUGGACUCUGCUGAAGAUCUUAAGAAACCUGAUACUUAUCUUCCCUCUAGGGUGAAGGCAUACGUCGUCGUUUCGGUUACGAGUGGCGUUUUCAGCGAGCAACGAGCUCAAACCAACGUGGAUAUGGAAGGAGGUGAAAAUCCCAGAUGGAACUUUCCCAUGAAUUUUCUCAUUGACCUAAACGCUGCAAAACAAGAUCUCAACUCUCUUCUUACUUUCACUAUCAAAUCUGAAACCCCACAAGUACACAAAUGCAUCGGCGAAAUCAAGGUUCGGAUUUUAGAGCUUUUCGAGUCUGUUGGAGACCAAAACUCCAUGCGAUACAUUUCACGUCCAAUCAUGGAUGCCUUUGGACGAACCAGGAAUGCCAGGUUGAAUUUCAUAUUCAGUUUUAGAGAGGUAGAAUUACAAGAAUCGGUGACGCACGAGGAAAUAUCACAUUUAAAUGAGAAAAUUGAGAAUGUGAAAAAUAUGAACAAAAGAAUUGCCAAAGAUGUGGCCGUGAGAUCGAACAGAAGUAUGGCCAUCAGUGGUUUCGCAACAGGUUUGCACGCCACAAGCUUGGUGAAAAAGUAUAUUGAUGGUACGAGUUCUAGUGAAGCUGCAACAUCUACCACUUCGGACACGUCGGAUGGUUCGAUUUCGGUCCUUGAUAUAAUUUUUAGCUUUUUUUCUUAAACUUGCUUUUACAUUAUUGUGUGAAAUAUAUAAAUUUGAUUGUGGGAUAUGAUCAGUAUUUACGUUUUGGAGUAUGUUGUAGAAUAUUCUCUAGGAACGUGAGAGAAAUAUUCUAGAGAGUUGUUCGUAAUCGUCAUAGAUUGUAUAUAUAUGUGUUGGAAAAAUUCUAGUUGUAAGCUUGAAGUUGCUAUUACAAAAUAAA